CAGAGGUGGAGCAACACUGAGACAGGAGAGUCAUAACUUCACAGAAACGAAAGGUAAAGUUAGUGUGAGCAGAGCUGCAGUCCAGACCGUCUCUCUGUUCCUCUCUGAAGAAACAACUGAAUCCAGCAGCUUCUUCUCAGCCACAGCCGAACACUGAGUGUAGACAUGUCUGCUGCCAGCUGUCUGCUGUCUGAAGAUCAGUUCCUGUGCUCCAUCUGUCUGGAUGUGUUCACUGAUCCAGUCAGCAUACCAUGUGGACACAACUUCUGUAAAGCCUGCAUCACUCAACACUGGGACACUAAAGUCCCCUAUCAGUGUCCCAACUGUAAAGAGGUUUUCAACAUAAAGCCUGAGCUGCGCGUAAACACCUUCAUCUCUGAGAUGGCUGCUCAGUUCAGACAGUCAGCUCAACAGAAAGCCAGCAGCAGCAGCUCAGAGCAACAAGCUGUCCAACCAGGAGAAGUUCCCUGUGACGUCUGCACUGGAACCAGACUGAAGGCCCUGAAGUCCUGCAUGGUGUGUCUGGCCUCCUACUGUGAGACUCACCUGGAGCCUCACCUGACAGCUUCACGUCUGAAAAGACAUCAGCUGAUCGACCCUGUGGAGAACCUGGAAGGCAGGAUGUGUGUGAACCAUGAUAAACUGCUGGAGCUGUUCUGUAAGACCGACCAGGUGUGUGUCUGCAUGCUCUGCACUGUUUUAGACCACAAGACCCAUGAUGUGGUUCCUCUGAAAGAAGGAUAUGAAGGAAAGAAGGCUGAGCUGGGGAAGACAGAGGCUGAAACUCAGCAGAUGAUCCAGAAGAGACGCCUGAAGAUUCAGGAGAUGAAACGCUCAGUGGAGCUCAGUAAGGAAGCAGCAGACAGAGAGAUAGCAGGUGGUGUUCAGGUCUUCACCGCUCUGAAGGAGUCUGUUGAGAGAAGCCAGGCCGAGCUCAUCGUCACCAUCAGAGAGAAGCAGAGAGAGACAGAGGAACAGGCUGAAGGCUUCAUCAAAGAGCUGGAACAGGAGAUCUCUGAGCUGGAGAAGAGAAGCACUGAGGUGGAGCUGCUGUCCCGCUCUGAAGACCAGCUCCACCUCCUCCAAAGCUUCACCUCCCUGAACGCUGCUCCACCCACCAAGGACUGGACAGGAGUCAGGGUCCGUCCACCUUCAUAUGAGGGGACUGUGGUGAGAGCUGUGACUCAGCUGGAGGAGACGCUCAGUGAACAGAUGAAGAAGCUGCUGGAGGUCGAGCUGAAGAGGGUCCAGCAGUAUGAGGUGGAUGUGACUCUGGAUCCUGAUACAGCACAUCCCAACCUCAUCCUGUCUGAUGAUGGAAAACAAGUUAAACAUGGUGAUGUGAGGAAGAAUCUCCCAGACAAUCCAGAGAGAUUUGAUAUUGUGUAUGUCUUAGCAAAGCAGAGUUUCUCUUCAGGUAGAUUUUAUUACGAGGUUCAGGUUAAAGGAAAGACUAAGUGGACUUUAGGAGUGGCCAGAGAGUCGAUCAACAGGAAGGGAGAGAUCUCACUGUCUCCUCAGGAUGGUUACUGGACGAUAUUGUUGAGGAAUGGAAAUGAGUACGAAGCUUGUGCUGAUCCUUCAGUCAGUCUCUCUCUGAAGUCUCAGCCUGAGAAGGUGGGGGUGUUUGUGGAUCAUGAGGAGGGUCUGCUCUCCUUUUAUGAUGUUGAUGCUGCAGCUCUGAUCUACUCCUUCACUGGCUGCUGCUUCACUGAGAAACUCUACCCAUUCUUUUGCCCUUGUCUCAACGAUGGUGGUGAAAACUCUGCUCCUCUGAUCAUCUCUCCUGUCAAUCACACCGAGUAGAACAACCAUUUAGUUUCAUUCAUCAAGACUCUCUAUCAUUUCAUGUUAAACAGAGUUUUUGGGGAUAGACCUGAUUCAAUGUUCUCCAGAUGUGUUUACUGUGAAUGUUUUCGUUGCUACGACAACAGCACACCAAUCUCACCAGAUAUAGAAAUGAUCUGAUGAACACCUCCUGCCUUUGAGACUCUAAUAUCAUCUUAAAAUAUUCAAAAUGAGAAGCUUUUGUCUUUCCUGACAUCUCUUUGUGGCAAAUCUAACUCUGUUAUUCUGUAACUAUUGUAUAUACAGGACAUGGUGCAUCAUGGCUCACAUACUGAAGAGCAUUUGAUGAAUAAGACCAAAAUAAAGAAGUGUAAUCCUUUUCCUUUUGGAACCAACAACAGAGCAUUGUAGUGUGCUGAAGUUAUUCUGCUGAUGUAUUAAUAAUGGCACCAAACAAUAUGAUGAAGAACACCAUGAGCUGUUCUCAGAGGAGCUGAACAUCCUCUGCACAGCUGAGAGAGUGUAGCAGGAAGUGAACCGUGAUGUUGUGUUGAUAAGGUUUUGGGCUGUGUGUGAACAGCUGAUUAGAACUCUUAACCUGUGCUACGUCAGAAGGGACAUCUGAGGACACAUUUACAGAGAGACGUCAUUUACUCACAGCUAUGUUUCAUAACUCUGUUCUCUGACCGGUCUCUCUUCUAAUGUAUUUGGUUCUUUGGUAUUUUCUCUUUGAAUUAUUUUGGUGUCAUGUUGAAAUCCUGAAUGUAAUUAAACCCCUACUCAUCCAGUACAAAUACAAGUACACAAAACA